AUGGACCUCAACAGCUCGGCGCCCGGCCCCCGGGUCUCCCAGGCUGGCGACCCCUUCUUGCUACCGCCAUCGGGGCUGGAGGCGGCGCUCCUGGCCCUGGACUUCGGCAACGGCUCUGGCAACCUGUCAGAGCCCGUCCCAGCGGUGCCCAGCAGCGACCUGGACGUGAACACGGACAUUUACUCCAAGGUGCUGGUGACCAUCGUGUACCUGGCGCUCUUUGUGGUGGGCACGGUGGGCAACUCUGUGACGGCGUUCACGCUGGCGCGCAAGAAGUCCCUGCAGAGCCUGCAGAGCACCGUGCACUACCACCUGGGCAGCCUGGCGCUGUCUGACCUGCUCAUCCUCCUGCUGGCCAUGCCCGUGGAGCUGUACAACUUCAUCUGGGUGCACCACCCCUGGGCCUUCGGCGAUGCCGUGUGCCGCGGCUACUACUUCCUGCGCGACGCCUGCACCUAUGCCACGGCCCUCAACGUGGCCAGCCUGAGUGUGGAACGCUACCUGGCCAUCUGCCACCCCUUCAAGGCCAAGACCCUCAUGUCCCGCAGCCGCACCAAGAAGUUCAUCAGCGCUAUCUGGCUGGCCUCUGGCCUGCUGGCCGUGCCCAUGCUCUUCACCAUGGGCCAGCAGAACCGCAGCGCCGACGGCCAGCACCCCGGUGGCCUGGUGUGCACGCCCACCGUGGGCACCGCCAAGGUCAAGGUCGUCAUCCAGAUCAACACCUUCAUGUCUUUCGUGUUCCCCAUGGUGGUCAUCUCCGUCCUGAACACCGUUAUUGCCAACAAGCUGACCGUGAUGGUCCGCCAGGCGGCCGAGCAGGGCCAGGUGUGCACAGUUGGGGACCAGCAUAGCUCGUUCAGCAUGUCCAUCGAGCCCGGCCGGGUCCAGGCCCUGCGCCAUGGCGUCCGGGUCUUACGUGCCGUGGUCAUCGCCUUCGUGGCCUGCUGGCUGCCCUACCAUGUGCGACGCCUCAUGUUCUGCUACAUUUCGGACGAGCAGUGGACCCCGUUCCUGUAUGACUUCUACCACUACUUCUACAUGCUGACCAACGCCCUCUUCUACGUCAGCUCCACCGUCAACCCCGUCCUGUACAACCUCGUCUCCGCCAACUUCCGCCAGACCUUCCUGGCCACGCUGGCCUGCCUCUGUCCCCUGUGGGGGCACCGGAGGAGGAGGCCGGCCUUCUCGAGGAAGGCCAGCAGCGUGUCUGGCAGCCACACCUUCUCCAGCAAUGUCACCCGGGAGACGCUGUACUAG